CUGGUUCCUGAUGCAAGAGGUGCGGCUUUGAGGAAGUGGCAGGCUUUCUGAGGGCUCUGCCCUCAUCAGUGAGUUAGUUCAUGGGUGGAUUUGGAACUGGAAUAAAAGUGUGUGUGCAUGCGGGAGCGCGUGUUGGGGGGGCAUGUGGAGCAGCAAGUCACUGGUUGUAUAACUUUGAAGAGUCCCCCCUACCUCGUCUUCUCUCCACUUUCCAGACCACAGCGGUUGACAUAUAGGAAGGGAAGAUUGGGUCUGGCUCCUGGUUUCCUUCAGUCCAUGGUGGUGGGGAAAGCAAAGGCGUGGCAGGGCAGGCAAAGGUUCAUAUCAUGGUUGCCUAAGAAGCAGAGAGUGAGGCAGGAACUGGGCCUACCCCUGCUUCUGCCAAGGCUCUGCACCCCACUCUCAGAAUCUCUCCAGCUAGUGCUCCCAGCUGGGGAACAAGUGUCUAAAGCAUGGGCCUGUGGAGGAGGACAUUUCACCCCCUGUAACAGGAUCAUGCGGCCAGAUGAUGCCAACGUGGCUGGCAAUGUUCAUGGAGGGACCAUCCUGAAGAUGAUUGAGGAGGCGGGGGCCAUCAUCAGCACCCGGCACUGUAACAGCCAGAAUGGGGAGCGCUGUGUGGCUGCCCUGGCCCGGGUGGAGCGCACUGACUUCCUGUCACCCAUGUGCAUCGGCGAGGUGGCUCACGUCAGUGCGGAGCUCACCUAUACUUCCAAGCAUUCUGUGGAAGUCCAGGUCCACGUGAUGUCAGAGAACAUCCUCACAGGUACCAAAAAGAUGACCAAUAAGGCCACCUUGUGGUAUGUGCCCCUGUCACUGAAGAAUGUGGACAAGGUCCUCGAGGUGCCUCCUAUUGUGUAUUCGCGGCAGGAACUGGAGGAAGAGGGUCGGAAGCGCUAUGAAGCCCAAAAGCUAGAACGCAUGGAGACCAAGUGGAGGAACGGGGACAUCGUCCAGCCUGUCCUGAACCCAGAGCCGAACACCGUGAGCUACAGCCAGUCCAGCCUGAUCCACCUGGUGGGGCCCUCGGACUGCACCCUUCACGGCUUCGUGCAUGGAGGUGUCACCAUGAAGCUCAUGGAUGAAGUGGCUGGGAUUGUGGCUGCACGCCACUGCAAGACCAACAUAGUCACAGCUUCCGUGGAUGCCAUCAAUUUCCACAACAAAAUCCGGAAAGGCUGUGUCAUCACCAUCUCUGGACGCAUGACCUUCACGAGCAAUAAGUCCAUGGAGAUUGAGGUCCUGGUGGACGCUGACCCUGUGGUGGACAACUCACAGAAGCGGUACCGGGCCGCCAGUGCCUUCUUCACCUACGUGUCCCUGAACCAGGAGGGCAAGCCACUUCCCGUACCUCAGCUUGUGCCUGAGACGGAGGACGAGAAGAAGCGCUUUGAAGAAGGCAAAGGCCGCUAUCUGCAGAUGAAGGCGAGCGACAGGGCCACACAGAGCCGCAGCCCUAGGAGUCUUCCUCCUGCCUGGGGCAGCACACUGUGGCAACAGCCCCAUGUGCAGUCACUUAGAAGUAGCCCCCAUGGCAAAACCCCAAUUUCCAUUGAGAGCUGGUGUUGUGUGGUGUUGUGUGGCAGUGUUACCUGUGCACCAAAGCUUUAUUUAUAACCCUCCAGUAACUGCUCCCCAGUGUUGUCCCCAAGGCCACCAUGGACACCAGAGCACACUGAAUGGUCUGUGAAGAAACCAGCACCACUAAUAAAGCUGCUGUCUGGCUGGA